AUGGCUGAUCUUCACUUCAUCAUGAUUCCGACCUUGAAAGCUACCGUGCUGCUCCUCGUCGCCGUCACCGGCGCCGCCGCCCUUACCUCCGACGACUGGCCGUGCACGCCCGGCGACUUCGGCUGUACUGAUGAUAAGUACGAAAUCCUGACCUGUGACAGCCAGGGAGAUUGGGCGGUGAGCGCCGUGUGCGGCGUGCGUUGCUGCCGGGAGGACAGAGACCGUCACACGGCGCAUUGCCCGGCGCCGCCGGGUCGCAACGGGAUUUAUUUGUAA